UUGCAUUGGGGAGUGCAUGGUUUGGAGGGAGGGGCUUGCAGGAGGGUGCGCAUCGUGUUGGCAUUGCACUGCCGGUGCAUUGUUUGGGGGUCUCUGUGUUGGGGAUGAACCUUGGGGAUGAAUGAAGGGGGAGUUGCAGUGAGUUCCACAGCCCUGAAGUGUUUGUUUGGUUUCAGGGGUGUUGGGCCAAGGUUUGGAGCCCAGUGUGACCCAUUAGGAGGGGUGGGCUGUGCAUGCAGGGGGAGCUCUGUGUGCAGUGGUGUGUGCAGCAAUGGGGGGCAUUGCUUCAGAGCUGGGUGAGGGUCUCCAGGACCCUACACAUGCAAAGGAGCAGCUGCAGAGCUGUGAGUACUGCGGGUACCACGGUGCCACGGGCAGGCAGUGGGGCAUCAUCACCCCACCAUGGUCAGGUCCUGGUGCCAAGGCUGUUGUUCCAGCUGUGAAACCCAUAGAUCAACACAGCAGUGGUGUUUAGAAUGGUGUGGGGCUGAGGGGAGGUGUUCCCAUGGUGGCUGUCCCAUAGCACAGCAGUGGGAUGCAGCGUAGUGCUGGGGUUGCUUAGUGAAUGGAGCCAGGUGUAGUGGGGCUGUGUGUGCCAUGCAGCCCCGUGGCACUGAGGGUUUGCUCUUCAUUCAUUGGGUUUGCUCUUCAUUCAUUGGGAUUCCUAGAGUCUACACUGUGUUCCAGCAGGCAGGACUGGAUGUACAGGGUGUGAUUUGGUGAGGGCGAGAGCGGGCACGGUGAGCAUCGGAUCCACAUUUACUAAUGGGAAACAGCAGCACAGGGACACAGGGAUCCAUGUUGUGGUGUGAAGCCCCAAUAAUAAAGGCAGGCCCCAAUCAGGAGGAUUUGGGGUUGCGUUGCCGUGUUAUUCUGUGUCCCCACGCAGCUCCAUGUUGGAACGCAGCCCCGCUCGGUGCACCCACACGUGUCACGAAGAUGAAAUCACGCUGGGCAGCGGUGCAGAAGCAUUGAGUGCAGCUGCCUGCUUCAGUGUUAAAGGCAAUUUGUCUCACUGGAAAUGAAUCUUUCCAGCCAGAAGGCACAGCAGUGCGUGGUGCAUCCCCAGGGCAGGCAGAGCACGAGGGCUGCGUGUCUUUCUGUGUGCUCUGGGCCUUCUGAUGUCCUGCCAUCCUGCAAAGGUCUGCCCGUGGACCCUCUGAUCCCUCCCCAAAUGUGCUGUCCCACAGGAGGGGAGCAGCCCCCAUAGCUUUCCCCAUCCCUACAGAUAUCACAGUGUCACCUCACAGUACUGACGGUCGGGAUGUCACUGCGGUGCCACUGCUGCUGUCACCCCACCCCACCCACAUCCUUUGGCACAGUCUGGGAUGGCUGUGGGGAUGCUCUGCUCAGUGUCCCCACACACAGUGGCUCUGGAUGAUGCUGACUGCGAUUUUCCACUCCAUUUUUGGUAAAAAUGCAUCAAGCUCACAAUUAGAGCUGGAGGAACUGCCUGCAGCAUGGGCUGGAGCACAAGCCUGGCUCCUGCCAGUGAGAACUCCUCUGCUUUUGUGCCCGGGAGGCUGGGAAGCAGCUGGGGUCGGUGCACAGACAGCAGUGGUGCAAGAUGGUUGUUGCAGCACGAGGGUGGAGCGUGCGGAAACAGGAAACGGCAGCCUCUGCCUGUGUCACGGUUACGGGAACUUGCUUAGCAGAAGCUGCCGAAGCAGCAACAGGAAGAGCCUGGUGGUGGGAACCCCAUCUCCAACCCUCUCACGCCCUCUCUCCCCGCUCUCAGUGCCCACAGCUGGGAGCAGCCCCUUGGACAGCCCUCGAAACUUCUCCGCCAGCACCUCCGUCAACUUCCCCUUCGCCCGCAGCCAUGCUCCUCGGACUGACAGGGCUGAUGGCAGAAGGUGGUCACUGGCUUCGCUCCCCUCAUCUGGCUAUGGGACCAACACCCCCAGCUCCACUGUCUCGUCAUCUUCGUCCUCCCAGGAGCGGCUGCACCAGCUGCCAUACCAGCCCACCCCCGAUGAGCUUCAUUUCCUCUCCAAACACUUCCGCAGCACCGAGAGUGUCACGGAUGAGGAGGGGAGGCACUCGCCCUGUCUGCGCCCACGAUCCCGGAGCCUGAGCCCUGGGCGGACGAGCGGAACAUUUGAUAAUGAGGUCGUGAUGAUGAACCAUGUCUACAAGGAGCGGUUCCCCAAGGCUACAGCCCAGAUGGAGGAGCGUCUGCAGGACACGAUCAGGAACUUCUCUUCCAGCAGCACUCUGCCUCUGGCUGACGGGGUGCUGGGCUUCAUCCACCACCAGAUCAUUGAGCUGGCUCGUGACUGCUUGGCCAAGUCCCAAGGGGCCCUCAUCACUUCUCGCUACUUCAUGGAGCUGCAGGAGAAGCUUGAAAAGAUGCUGAGAGAUGCUCAGGAGCGUUCAGAGAGUGAGGAAGUGAAGUUCAUUGACCAGCUGGUGAGGAAGCUGCUGAUAAUCAUCUCCCGUCCUGCUCGCCUUCUGGAGUGCCUGGAGUUUGACCCUGAGGAGUUCUAUCACCUCCUGGAAGCUGCUGAAGGCCACGCCAAAGUUGGUCAGGGCAUAAAGACUGACAUUCCCCGCUACAUCAUCAGCCAGCUGGGGCUCGUCAAGGACCCACUGGAGGAGAUGGUCCAGCUGGACCACUUUGACAGCGGGAACACCAUCACCCCCGAGAACGACGAUGCCUGUGAGAGCCAGCCAACAGUCAGCGUUCCUCGGAGGAAGCCCUGCGAGGGCGACUUUGAGACCAUCAAGCUGAUCAGCAAUGGAGCCUAUGGGGCUGUGUACCUGGUGAGGCACAGGGAGACACGGCAGCGCUUUGCCUUGAAGAAGAUCAACAAGCAGAACCUCAUCCUGCGGAACCAGAUCCAGCAGGUGUUUGUGGAGAGGGACAUCCUCACUUUUGCAGAGAACCCCUUUGUGGUCAGCAUGUUUUGCUCCUUCGAGACGAAGCGACACCUCUGUAUGGUGAUGGAGUACGUGGAAGGUGGGGAUUGUGCCACACUGCUGAAGAAUAUGGGCCCCUUACCUGUGGACAUGGCAAGGAUGUACUUUGCUGAGACUGUGCUGGCACUGGAAUACCUCCACAACUACGGCAUUGUGCACCGCGACCUCAAACCUGACAACCUGCUCAUCACCUCCAUGGGCCACAUAAAGCUGACGGACUUCGGGCUGUCCAAGAUUGGCCUGAUGAAUAUGACCACCAACCUCUAUGAGGGGCAUAUGGAGAAGGACACCAGGGAGUUCAUGGACAAGCAGGUGUGCGGCACGCCAGAGUACAUCGCACCCGAAGUCAUCCUCAUCCAGGGCUAUGGGAAGCCUGUCGAUUGGUGGGCCAUGGGCAUCAUCCUGUACGAGUUCCUGGUGGGCUGCGUCCCCUUCUUUGGGGACACCCCCGAGGAGCUCUUCGGGCAGGUGAUCAGCGAUGAAAUAAUGUGGCCAGAGGGCGAUGAGGCUCUUCCUGCUGAUGCUCAGGACCUGAUCACACGGCUGCUGAGGCAGUGCCCACUCGAGCGCCUGGGCACCGGGGGUGCGCACGAGGUGAAGCACCACGCCUUCUUCCACCACCUGGACUGGAACGGGCUCCUGCGGCAGAAAGCAGAGUUCAUCCCACAACUGGAGUCAGAGGACGACACCAGCUACUUCGACACUCGAUCCGAGAGGUACCGGCACUUGGAUUCGGAGGAUGAAGAGACCAAUGAUGAGGAAUCAUCUGUGGAGAUUGGCCAGUUCUCCUCCUGCUCCCAUCGCUUCAGCAAGGUGUACAGCAGCUCCGAGUUCCUGGCCACGCAUUCCAACCUCAGCCUCUCAUCCUCUGACCGGAGCCACAGCGAGGACAAGGAGGACAGGGCGGAGCGUUGGGACCGCCACUCGGGUGACGAGGACAAGAACCGGCCAUCAGGUGCAGAGCCCCGGCUGCGGUCCUGGACGUCCUGCAGUUCCACACCGUAUACUGCCCAGCAUGAGCGCAGCCGCAGCCCCGCUGCCCUGACCAGCACGUACAGCCUGGACACCAUGCCCAAGUUUGCCUUCUCAUCAGAAGAUGAAAGCCCUUGUGUGGCCCCAGCCAAGCCAGAGCGACCCAAAUUUGUGCUGGGAGAACCUGACUCUGGGGUGAAGACCUCAUCACUAUCUGCUGAUCUCGUCAGCCUGAACCGCAUCCGCCUGCGGAGCAACAGCACUGGCACCAAGAACUCAGCUCCACGGGGCUUGGAGCCGGGCAGCAGCCGCCGACUGAGCAGCCAGAGGGAUGGCAUGGAGAAACCAAGAGCUUCAGCAGGCAGCCGAGUGCCCAAAUCUGCCUCUGUCUCAGCCUUGUCCCUCAUCAUCACAUCAGAUGACUUCAGCAGCGGGGCUCUCAUGAGCCCCAUCUCCCCUCACUCACUUUCAUCCAACCCCUCUUCCCGUGACUCGUCUCCGAGCCGGGAUUCCUCCCUGGCCAUCACCAGCCUGAGGCCUCCCAUCAUCAUCCACAGCUCAGGCAAGAAGUAUGGCUUCACGCUGCGUGCCAUCCGCGUGUACAUGGGGGACAGCGAUGUCUAUGCUGUGCACCACAUGGUCUGGAGUGUAGAAGAAGGGAGUCCUGCCCAGGAAGCAGGGCUGAGAGCAGGUGAUCUCAUCACACACGUGAAUGGGGAGUCAGUGCUGGGCCUGGUGCACCGGGAUGUCGUGGAGCUGCUGCUGAAGAGUGGCAAUAAGGUCGCCCUGCGGACCACAGCCCUGGAGAACACCUCCAUUAAAAUUGGCCCUGCCAGGAAAAACAGCUCCAAGACAAGGAUGGCCCGAAGGAGCAAGAAGAGCAGGAAAAGGGACAGCCAGGACAGGAGGAAAUCCCUUUUCAAGAAGAUCUCCAAGCAGUCAACAGUCCUGCACACCAGCCGCAGCUUCUCCUCCGGUCUCCACCACUCGCUGUCUUCUAGUGAGAGUCUCCCAGAGUCCCCUACACACAGCCUGUCCCCGGGUCCCACGACGCCUUGCCGCAGCCCCGCUCCGGACCUGCCCCCAGAUGCGGUGUCCCCACAGAGCACCUCUCCCUCCUCCAGCACCCCCACGUCUCCAGCUGGCCACGUGCGGCCCAGCACCCUGCAUGGGCUGGCCCCCAAGCUGGGCGGUCAGCGCUACAAGGUGGGACGCCGCAAGUCCACCAGCAGCAUCCCACCCUCACCUCUGGCCUGCACACCUACCUGUGCCCCGCGGCCCACGUCCCCGCAGAGGUCCCCUUCCCCGCUGCUGCCCGGGCACCCCAAAACCACCCAUCCCUUCCAAGGCAAGACGCUGUCCCCCCCCACCAUCGUGCGGCAGGGGCCGCGGCCGCGCAGUGCCGAGUGCCCCCGCUCACCCCUCCUCAAGCGCGUGCAGUCAGCAGAGAAGAUGGCAACCUACCUGGCGGAGAAGAAGAGCGUGGGCAGCCGCAAGCUGGGGCCGGAGAUGCCUGCAAGGGACGGGGCUGGGGAGAUGUUUGGGGAGGGCGAAGUGCUCGGCUCAGUGCACUGCGGGGAGCACGGCCAUAUGGCAGCAUGGAGGCAGGGAGAGCAGGAGAUGGUGGUGAUGCGGCGCCUGAACCUCUCCGAGCGCCGCGACUCCUUCAAGAAGCAGGAGGCCGUACAAGAAGUCAGCUUCGAUGAGCCGGGUGGUGAGGACGGUGCCAAGAGUGACACAGGGCAGGGAGAAGGCUGCGUGGAGCCCAGGCUCAGCCGGGUGCCACAGAUAGCAGUGCAGGGCUCGGAGGGUGAUGAGCAGGAGCCAGUGGGCUGGCAGUGCCAGGGCUCCUACCCACUGCACCUGUUGGGCACUGAUGGCACUGCUGGCAUCACUGUGCCAUGGCGGGAUGGCCAUCGGCAGCACCGGACCUGAGGGGAGUUCCCUAAAAGCCAGCUUGGGUGCGCUGCUCCGUUGGAUUUAAUGCACUGAGACCUGGAGGUGUGACUUCUGACUUCUGUGCUCCCGGAGAGAUGCUCAUGUUUUUGCAGCGGUGUUCCCCUGGUGAGGCCCACACUGAAAAGGAAGGACUCGAUGCAAAUACUCUGAACUACUCCAAACUAAUUUAUUACUUUUAUAAGCUAAAAGGCAUUGCAGGGUCCGAGCCAUCCCAACCUUUUCUGUGCAUUCCCAAACCCCCAUCCCAAUGGCACGAUGUUUUCUAACCCGAAGAACCACCAGCUUUUUCCCCACAUUUGCUCACUUUCAGCUGGAAAAGCACCCAAAAGGUGGUUAUAAGGCGGUUUUCUGAAUAGCAUUGAAGCUGAGGGUUCCCCUCUGUAGACAGGGAGUUGGACUACAUGAUCUUUGUGGUCUUUUCCAACCUUUAUGAUUCUAUGAUUUGCAUUCAGGAUCGUCUCCACCUCCAUAAAUCCCCCUUACCGCCCCGGUGCCUCCCUACUCUACAGAGGAAGAUGCUCCAAACCCCAGCAUCCCGGUGGGAAGCAUGGCAGGGGCCGUACGCUGUUUUAUUAACAUGGAGAGGUUUCAAUUUUCUUAUGAUUCCUUCUGAGAAAGACCCAAAUCAUUGAGCCCACUCCAUUGGCUUUCCCAAGUGGGAUGGAGCAGGGGAGGAAAAGCUCAUCCGGCUUCACCAGGCUGGGGGCUCGGCAAUUUAAUACAAAAUAAUGGCGUUUGUAGGUUUACUUUUCAUUCUGCUGUGAUGUAUCUUUGGGCAUGCAGAGGUGCAUUUUGUGAAAACCCUUUUUUUUUUUUCCCAAAAAAAAAGAGACAACAACAAAGAACCCCAACAUGCCAGUUCUUCCAUUAACCACCAAA